AUGGCCUCGAGGAUCUCGGGCGUGGAGGCGAGCCUGUCCGGCAAAGAAGCCCUUGAGGAUGCCUCAGAAGAGGAGCUGCGGCUGUGCAUGGGCUCUGCAGACCCCGACGCCAAGGAGAAGGAAGGCUUCGGCUCAGAUGACACCCGGGCCACAAUCGGCGAGAAAAGGGGCCGUGUGAAGGAAGAGAUCCGGACCCCGCUGGAUUCAUGCCCCGAAGAUUCCAAGGAGCGAGUACAGGCUGAGAUCGACUUCGCAAAGCCACACCCUGAGCCGUCGGCGAUGCCAAGAGCAAGGUUGAUGUAG